UAACCUCUCUCACAUUACACGUGUAACCUAAUUGUGAAUAGGCCUACAUAAUAAUUUUGUGUUUUCAAAAAAGCCUUAUUCCUUAUGUAUGGUUCUGCAUUCAAAUAAUGGCUAGUUUACCGGAGUUAAUAUUACAGAAAGUGAAUGAACUUGGAAGUGUUGAUACAUUAGCUUUAAGUAGUAUUUUAAAUGAAGAUCAUCAGAAGAUUGUUGGUGCAGUAAAAAGUAUUCAAAGCCUUGGGGAUGUGAUCAUCGCUGAACCCAGUUCCACCAAAUUAUGGGAAUUGACUGAUGAAGGUAAGGAAAUCAGUGUUAAUGGAAGCUAUGAAGCUCUUAUUUUCAAUGCUGUACCAGAAGAUGGCAUUCAGCAAGCGGAAUUGAUGGCAAAAGUUCCUAAUGCAAAGGUAGGAUUUGGUAAAGCAAUGACAAAGGGUUGGAUUGUAUUUGAUAAGAGUAGUGGUAAAGUAACAAGGAAGAUCCAGAAUAUAACUGAUGAAACCAAAGACCAUUUAAACAUUAUUUUGAAUAAAGAUCAUGUUGAAAUACCUGAUAAUGUAAAACUAGAUUAUAAGAAACGUAAGCUGCUACAAGAAGUUACAAUUAAAAGUUUUAACUUAAAAAAAGGAAGCCAGUUCAGCCUAACACUAUCAAAACCGGAGACAGAUUUGACACCCGAAAUGAUCGCUACAGGUGCUUGGAAAACUAAAACCUUCAAACCAUACAACUUCAAUGCUCUGGGAAUUCCCCCAAGCUGUGGAUACUUACAUCCUUUGUUAAAAGUUAGGACAGAGUUCCGUCAGAUCUUCUUUGAAAUGGGAUUCACCGAAAUGCCUACAAACAAUUUUGUAGAAAGUUCUUUCUGGAAUUUUGAUGCCCUCUUCCAACCUCAGCAGCAUCCCGCCCGAGAUGCUCACGAUACUUUUUUUCUUCUGGAUCCCAAAAAAUCUGAGAAAUUCCCUCAGGAUUAUCUAGAACGAGUAAAAUCUGUACACAGUAAAGGAGGUUAUGGUUCUCAAGGAUAUAGAUAUGAAUGGAGCAUAGAAGAAGCACAGAAGAACCUCUUACGCACUCAUACGACUGCUGUCAGUGCCCGCAUGCUGUAUAAACUUGCUCAGGAAGAAAGUUUCAAACCUGUGAAAUACUUCAGCAUUGAUCGGGUUUUCAGAAACGAGACACUAGAUGCAACACAUCUCGCAGAAUUCCAUCAGGUUGAAGGUCUUGUUGCGGACUAUAAUUUAACGUUGGGGGAUCUGAUUGGCAUUCUAUAUGAAUUCUUCAAGAAACUUGGGAUCACUAAGCUCAACUUCAAACCCGCUUACAACCCCUACACUGAGCCAAGUAUGGAAAUUUUCUGUUAUCAUGAAGGACUUAAAAAGUGGAUUGAAGUCGGAAACUCUGGAAUGUUCAGGCCCGAAAUGUUGUUACCCAUGGGACUUCCCGAGAAAGUGAAUGUGAUUGCUUGGGGUCUUUCACUUGAACGACCUACCAUGAUUAAAUAUGGUUAUAAUAAUAUACGAGACUUGGUUGGACCAAAAGUUGAUCUGCAAAUGGUACAAGAAAAUGGAAUCUGUCGAUUAGAUAAGUAAAGUUCGGUUGAAGGUAGCUUACUAUGUUCUGUCAUAAUUUUUCAUAGCCUUAAGCCCAAAAGGCAAACAACAACAAGGUUGUUUCAAAGGCAAACAACUUUUGUUACUUUUUCGUUAAAAUGUCACUGAGAAAUUAUUGAUUAAAUUUAUUAGUAUUUUUUGGUUUGUUAAGCUAAAACGUAGGGUCAGGUCAAAAGUAUAAUGAGACUAAACUAAAAGUAUUGCAUCCAGUUACCUACCGUUACGUCAAAAAAGGACGGUACAAGAAUUAUUUUUUCAGUAGGCCUGUAAAACUGAGGUACAGGUGGAUUGGCCUCUCUUAAAAAUUUUUGUUUCUCACCAAUAAUGUUGAUUUCACAGUAGAAAGAUCUUAACUGCACCACCUCUCUUAUCCAAAACUUCUUCAAAAUUAUUUUUAACAUGACAGCAUUAACUUAGUAUAGUUCGGCCGCUUAGAAAGCGACCUGCACACUAAUGCUAAACCAAUGCUAGAGGAGGUCGCUUUCUAAGCGGCCUAACUAUAGAAACUAAGUUCAAAAUAAUUUAUUUAAGGUGUAAAACCAAAUUUUUUUUUAUUGUUUUCAGUACUUUUUGUUUUAUAGUCCAUUUUGAAAAAUAAAACUCUUGAGCUACGGUAUCACAGACACUAGGCCUAUUUUAACAUCCCAAUUUAACUUAAGUAGGCAGAGUAUAGAAAAGAUAUUUUUAUGAAACUUUGUGAAAUCAAACUUAAUAGGCUUAGUUUAAACUAUUUUUUUAAGAAUCCGAAAUAAAAACAGCGGGAUUGUAAAACACUGUUUAAUGCUGUUGGGAUUUUUUUUAUGCUACUUUUCAGUUCAAGUUUUAUUGAUCUUUUAUUUUUUAUUUACUUUUAAGUCUUGAGCGCUCACAGUUUUAAAAUUUUUUGCUUGUUCCUGUUAUUUCACAAGUAGUCUAAUUUAUCUUGCAUGGUAUACAAAAAGUGAUUUUGUUUAUUGGUAAGUUAUACAGUUUGUAAUUUUCUUUCACCUUAGACAUUUUAUGUAUGGUAAGAUGUGCAACAUUAUAUCUGUGCUAUAUUGAAAGUCUGUCUAUAGAAUAGGUAACUUUACUUUAUUUUCCAUUUAUAAUCCAAAGUCGUAAUUAAAAUCCAAUAUAUUGGUUGCACUUGAGCUAUUCAAUUGACAAACUUUAUUUUGAUUCACUUUACAAUGCUUGCACACCAAAAUAUUUUAAGUCGAGUUAGGUAUUUACUUUUAAAAAUUGGAAUUAUUAGGUUCUAGGUGUAUUAAUUGUAAAAUUAAAUAGCAUCCUUAACAUUCUCAGGGUUAAAAUGUAUAAUUUAGGUAUGAAACUAAAACUAUUUCCUUUUGUUGCACAUUUACAUUUAUUAAAACUUCUGGCUUUAUAAGUUUAGAUGUUUUGAUAUAUUAAAAAUAAAUUAAAUUACAUAAAAAUAUGUAGCCUACCGUACCCGUGUUCUAAAAUAAAGAUUGAGGCAUGGUCAUGUAAUAUUUAUGUUUUAAAAUAACUUAUCAUUAUUGUAGCAUUGUAAAUACCACUUGUAAGAUUGUAAAUUUCAUGAUUUUAUGCUUUGAGAUUAGUUCUCGAAUUAAAUUAAUUUC